AGAGAACACAAGUUUGAGACAUGGAUUUUGAAAGAGUAACGCGGAUGGAGAACGGUGCCAGUGUACCACAGUUUAUCGAGGCCAUCGAUAUUUGGCGGAGUUAUCCUCAAACCGUGAACCGGAGAAUUCUCGCAUCUGUUCAGUUGUUAGAUGUCAGAGUUGACCUCGAUAUCUUUAAACUCUUUCAGCGCAUUAUCACCUUAGACAUCGUACUAUUAACCAAGGAUGAUCAGAAAGAGGAUAUCGAUAUCAAAAAGUUAAUGGAGACUUUGUCCAUCGAGGAUUUGGCAGGUACAACGAAUAAAGGAGUUCGAUUGUACGUGGCGAAGCAGCUACCACGUAUGCCGCGUACGUCCUCUGUGGGCAUCGACUUUCUCUUGCUCGCAGAUGAAGGAAUUUGCAUGAACAUUCAUAAACCCUUCUCGUUGGACAAGCAGUCCCUCGGUCCCAGAAUGCCGUUUAUGUUACAGCAGGAGCCGAACGGACACAUUUCUGUCAGCGUAUACCAGUUAGAAAACAUUAGGAAAGAUUCUAGUAUCGAUUGGUUGGAGAAGAAACUUCUCCCAAGUAUAUCGAAGUGGGCGAAGAGUGAAAAGAAAAUUACAUCGAUGCCCCUGUCCUCCCUGAAUCUGAUAUCAGCAGAGAAGUACGCGAAACUGUACUGCGAACUGAAAGAGAAAUAUGGGAAACGGCUGAUAGAGAACUGGCCCGAGAACACGGAUCCGAUGAAAUUCGUCUACGAAGACAUAGCGAUCGCUGCAUAUUUGCUUCUGCUAUGGGAGAAGGAUCGAUCGGAGAGGGGAACAGAUCGUUUACAGUCGUUCGUCGAUUUGGGAUGUGGCAACGGUUUGUUGGUGUACAUUCUCUUCAGCGAGGGUCACGCUGGCCUGGGAAUAGAUCUGCGAAAAAGGAAGAUUUGGGACAUGUACCCGCCCGAAACACCGUUACAAGUUUCCACGGUCAUCCCGUCUUCCUCGACGGUGUAUCCGGGAGUGGAUUGGAUCAUUGGGAACCAUUCGGACGAGCUGACCCCGUGGAUUCCAGUGAUCGCAGCUCGUAGUUCGGACACUUGUCGAUUUUUUCUUCUACCCUGCUGUCCCUACGAACUUAACGGUGCCAAGUACCAGAGAACCUCUGCUUCCAAGAGUCAGUACUCUGACUACAUCGAUUACGUGAAAGACGUGUGCACCGAAUGCGGUUUCACGACGCACCUCGAUAAAUUAAGGAUACCUUCCACGAAACGUGUAUGUCUGAUCGGUUGGCAAAGAACGAACGAGGAAACGAUAGCUCGGGAAGAUCGCAUUCGGCGAAUGUUGGACGCGAAGACGACUUUGACUAAAAAAAAAACAGAAGCUAGUGAAACACAGAACAGUAGAGAAAUCCAAGAGUGGAACUGCGAUUUUAAACCGAGAGACACAGUGGAGAAGGUGAGGAACUGUACCCAAUUGGAUAAAACGUUGAUCGCAGAUAUCGUUGACACGGUAUCGAAGCAGUUACUUCACGGAGGUCGCAUGACGGUACUCGAAGGAUCGGGCAAGGUUUGGAACGCAGGUAGAUGCCUCGAAUUACGCGAAAUCGCCGAAUCGAUCCCGAAGGAUGUCAUCGCUCGUUUGAGAAAUGAAUGCGGAGGCCUUCAGACUUUGCUCAAGAAUCACAGCUAUAUAUUUUCCGUUGCCCAAGGAAGAGUCGCGUUCAGAAUACCUGGAACGCUACAGACUAAGGUGAGGCCCAAAAGGAGAAGAGUGAUCUCUCCGCGAACCAAGACGAAGCCCUGCUGGUUUCACGAGAAUCACCCGGACGGUUGUCCGGCAACCGAAGCGGAAUGCAAUUUCAAACAUUGAUUCGGACACAGUGUAUAUACGUACAUGUAUAAACGGUACGUAGUCUGCUGAACACGCCAUUCUUAAUUGGCAGCGUUACGCGUUAAAAAUUUAUUUUCACUUUCAUAUACAAAUCGUGCGAAUGCACGUUGCGAAACGAUACGAAUUUAACCGUUCAACUAUCUAUAUAAUACGGUACUUAUUUUACACCAGGAAAACGUAAUGAAUUAUUAUUGCCCCCUAUUGUUCGUUCACGACAGCUUGUAAUUGCAUCGUUAAUAGACGGACCAUUCGAUCGAGCUAUCGAACAACGGUA